AAAAGCAUAAAUUGAAUGCUACUUUGCUUCAUUAAAUAUAGUGUUACACCACAGUGAGUAGAUAAUUAACAUGCGAUAAGAUAAUUUUGUUUCCAGACAGAAAAAGACAAGACUUUAUUUGGUUUCUGUUAAAUAAGGGUGAGAAAAAAUAUCUAUAAGAUAAAUCUCGAUUCGCGGGGCAACAAGUUAAAAUUUUGUAAACAUCAUUUGCAUUUAUUGCUCGUUUGUAUUUGUCUGCAACAAAUAUGUCUGACAAUACCGUGCAGUAUGUUGAUGGCAUUCCGAUCCCUGCUAUGUUUCCAGCUGAUAAAUUCCGUUCCGCACUUGCAUACAAACCAAAUUCAAACGAUCUUUUCCUCGUGACUUAUCCUAAGUGUGGAACAACAUGGACAGGACAAAUACUUCUACUUCUAUUCCAGAAAGGAGAACAACUGAAAGACAUGGAUUUAGAAAAGUCACCCUUUUUAGAAAUGGCAGGAGCAAAAAGAAUAGAAAUUAUGUCAAAACCAGGGAUAAUCAAGUCACAUUUGCCAUUUCAUCUGAUACCUUGGUCGAAAGAUGCCAAAUACAUCUACGUGGCCAGGAAUCCGAAAGACUGUUGCGUGUCAUUCUUCCAUUACUCCAAGCAUAUACCAGGAAAUAACUUCGAAGGGACUUUUGACCAGUUUUUUGAAUAUUUCAUGACAGGAUUACCGGAGACCGUCUAUUUCGGAGAUUACUUUGACCACGUGCUGUCCUGGUACUCUCACAGAAACAAUCCAAACGUUUUGUUUGUAACUUAUGAGGAAUUAAAAGAAGACAUUGAUGCUGCCAUCAUGAAAAUGGCGUCUUUCAUUGAUGAUGAGAAAUAUGCCCAACCUAUAAGAGAGAAUCCAGAAAUCUUGGAGAACAUCAAACAAUACAGUAGUGUGAAAGCAGCCAAAGAAUUUAUGACGAAACAAUCAGAGGAAAUAGCAAAAAUGAGUGUAGAAGAAUUUGCAAACUCAUCCGUGCCCGAUACCAUUAAAGAAUAUUUAGUGGUUGAGAAUGAUACUCUUACACCCGCUGCUGGUGAUAAAAGAAGUGAAUCUAACGUAAACUUGUCCGAAAGGUUUAAGCUUAUCAGCGAGCUCGUUAGAAAAGGUGUCGUUGGCGAUUGGAAAAACUAUUUUUCAGAAGAUCAAAGUCGACGAAUCGAUGAAAAAUUUGAAAAAAUGGCUAAGGGCACUGAUUUAUCUAGUUUCUUUACAAAAUACAUGUGAAAAUUGUAAUAUAAUAAUUUUAUUUAUGAAGGGGCAGUUUAAUAUGUAAAAUGAGAUUAUUAAAAGUUUAAUUAUUCUUUA